GCCGCGGCACUGUUCCAACCGUUCCCUCCCCCCCUUGAGAAAGCCACUUGGCUGUCAUCUACACUACCUACCUACGGAUCGACCCAAUACGGUUUGGACGGGUUGGAAGGACGCCGGUCUGUGUGUGAGGGUGGUGCUCGCAGUCUCAGAUCCACUCGAACGAGACCGUCAUCAAUCUGAGGCUUUCCGAUUAGCGAGCGCCCAGCCAGGAACCUCGCCAGAACUCGCCAGGAACCUCUGUCGAAUCUUCGCUCGCCUGUGCUAUGUACCGUGCUCCUCGAGCUCCCCCAUCGUCCUCCUCCCCCAAAGCGACCCCCCUUCUGCCCAAGUGCCCUUAUGAUCCCCCCCAUGAUCGUCCGUAUAGCGAGUCCCCGGGAUUAAUAUUGUCAAAUCAUUGCCAGAUAAAGACUGACUCUGCAAGAUUUGAUGGAGAAACUAGCCCGGAUAUUCACCAUGAAGAUUCGCUCUUGUCGACCGCCCUACCUAGUAAUUCUAGGGCAACGGUCAGUCCCGUCACUCGCAGCUUGACAGGCCGGGGCUGCUGGGGCCGAGAUGAUUGUGUGGUCGUCUUUCUGUGCUGAGUGAGUGCUUUUCUCAGUUGGAGUUGACAGGAAACGGACUGGCUGUUGCUAGUACUACAUACUACCUCUACACAGUGAUGUAAUCUUGAUCACUCGAUAUUAAAACAUCAUUGAUACAGCGGCCAAGAGACCGCUCAAAGACUCAAGAGGCAGGUGCUGUUCUGAUCUUGACCUUGGUGUACGAUGAGGAAGGA